AUGCACCAGGACUCAUCCAAUUCGACAGCCAUCAUCAAUGGCAUCUCCUAUAAUGCAACAGCCCUGCAGUACUGGAACUACACAAUCUAUGACAAUGGCACACUAUCCAAUGGCAGUGAGUGCUAUCUGACUUUUGGCAAUUACCGUCCCGUCCUCGUCUCUGUGGCCAACGGCACUUUCAUCAACUCGACCUCCUGCUACAACCCCGUCAAUCCGAUCGGCACUCGGGGCAUCAUUGGGCUGAUCUUUGGCUCUUUGUUCGCUGUCUCGAUCGUCAUCUCAACGAUCAAUCUUAGAAAGCAUGGCCGGGCCUAUCUACCACGCGAGAAACGCUGGAAGCCUGUUGGAAGGCGCUGGCUGUGGUACUGGACCAUCUUCGUUGCUGCCUGCGGGAUUCUAAGCUGUUUUACAGCCGUGGAUGUCGACAGGGACUACAUUGUUAACAUGCCAAUGGUGUUACAGAGUUUCUUCCUGACGCUGGCAAUACCGACCGUCCUGGCGUGCGUGUGGGAGGCGGUCAGAAGCUGGGCCUCCUUCGAGCAUCGUCAGAUCCAUGAUGCCGAUCCUUUUGCCUUCCGGCCCACUGGAGCCCACGCAAAACUCGAGUUCUAUCUCCCACUGGCCUUCUACGCAUUUGACUGGAUGGUCUUCUUCUUGGUAGUUCCUCGCGGAUGGACAUUUGUCCAGAAGCAAAGAUCCGAGGUGCAGACAUUGUUAUCGGCUAGGCCAGCAGCCCUAGAUUCCCGGUUCAAAGCUGGAGCAAUUCUGGCCAUUAUUUGUUUAGGUAUCUCUGCGUUCCGAUUAGCCUACAGCAGCCGGGUUUACCACGUUCGAGUCCCCUGGGCGUUGCUGCAGGUUGUGGUUCUGGUGGCCAUCAGACUGGCGUAUAUGCUUGCUGCUUCGUGGGUUUGGCAGAUCUCCCCGUACAGGUUGGACGUCAACAUCGGUUGGUUGUAUGGAUUAGGAUAUGCCCCAGUCCUCCUCGUCUUAUGCCUGUUGAAUGCCCGAGGGUAUAUGAACGAGAAUGAAGAGAAGAUCUUGAUCGCUCGGCGAGCUUCGAGGGGUGAAGAGGACGGACUGCGUCUGGAGUCAAGACGUCAACCUCCACCAAACCGGCUGCAGCAAGCCUCGUCGCCAGCGUGGUGGUCGAGGUCUCGUGCCGCUAUGUCACACGGUGGCCAGGCGUUCAAGACGCCGACCUCUCCAACUCCCGAGACUGUCAAAGCUGGGACUUUCCCGUCCGCCUUAGAAGCGAAUGGGGACGAAAGUGGACACUCCUGGUGGCAGAGCCGCAAGCGAGAGGAACCCGACACCAGACGAAGGAAAUUCACAGCAGCUCCAUUUGAUUCGGGUUCGUCACACGCCGGUGGUGGACGUAUUCGGGAUACUUCGGUGACUCAGACUCAAUGCAGAUGGACCGAGGAGGACGACUCGAGGAUACGCGUAGUGAGUCGGACCAGGUCGAGCAGCGAAAGCGGCGACGACCGCUCGUCGACGAUUUCGUUGCAGUCGCGACCCCAAGUAGUCAGAAGUAUGUUGGAUGUGUAA